AUGGCUUCCGACGGUUCCCCUGGGUGCUGCUCUUCUGAGCCCUGUGCAGAGGCGUCAGGCUGUGUAGCUGCCUCGCCCUGUCCCACCGACACAACUUGCCUUCCCAGCACCUGCGCCACAUCCAGAUGUCAGACCCCCAGCUUCCUCUGCAGGACUCACCUCUCACCCUGCUACUUCGCUGGCGGUUGUAACAGUCCGUGCCUGGUGGGGAGCUGUGCAUGGUGUGAGGAAGGGGCGUUCAACAGUAAUGAGAAGGAGACGAUGCAGUUCCUGAAUGACAGACUGGCCAGCUACCUGGAGAGGGUGAGAAGCCUGGAGGAGAACAACGCGGAACUGGAAUGCAGGAUCCGAGAGCAAUGCGAGCCCGACGCCCCAUUGGUGUGCCCGGAUUACCAGCGUUACUUCGACACCAUUGAAGAACUCCAACAAAAGAUCCUGUGCACCAAGGCAGAGAAUUCUAGACUUGCUGUACAGGUGGACAACUGCAAAUUGGCUGCUGAUGAUUUUAGGUCAAAGUAUGAGAGUGAACUGUCUCUUCGCCAGCUGGUAGAGAAUGACAUCAGUGGCCUUCGUGGGAUCCUGGGUGAACUGACCCUGUGCAAAUCAGAUCUGGAGGCCCAUGUGGAGUCUCUGAAAGAUGAUCUCAUUUGCCUUAAGAAAGGUCAUGAAGAGGAAGUCAACCUGCUUCGUGAGCAGCUUGGAGAUCGGCUCAGCGUGGAACUGGACACCGCCCCCACUGUGGACCUCAACAAGGUUCUGGAUGAGAUGCGAUGUCAGUAUGAGAGGGUGCUGGCCAAUAACCGCAGGGAUGCGGAGGAGUGGUUCACUGCUCAGACAGAAGAGCUGAACCAGCAGCAGAUGUCCAGUGCGCAGCAACUGCAAGGAUGCCAGACUGAGAUGCUGGAGCUGAAGCGCACGGCCAACGCUCUGGAAAUUGAGCUCCAGGCGCAGCAAACCCUGACAGAAUCUCUGGAGUGUACUGUGGCAGAAACUGAGGCCCAGUACAGCACACAGCUGACUCAGAUGCAGUGCCUAAUUGACAGUGUGGAGCACCAGCUGGCUGAGAUCCGCUGUGACCUGGAGCGUCAGAACCAGGAGUACCAGGUGCUGCUGGACGUCCGGGCCCGGCUGGAGUGUGAGAUCAACACGUACCGGGGCCUGCUGGAGAAAGAGGACAGCAGACUCCCCUGCAAUCCAUGUUCUACAGUACCCACAUCAAACAGCACGUGUGAACCAUGUUCAGCCUAUGUGAUUUGCACAGUUGAAAACUGCUGUGCAUGA